AUGAGCGCAAUAGAAGGAAAGACCACCGCGGUGUCCACGGUUGGUGAGACUUCACCGCAAGAACGAAAGAGAAGUUACGGGACUUUAGAGCCUGAUGGCGAAAAUGCCGACGCAAUUAAUCCGUUCCUGGAUCCUGAGGUCGCGGAGUAUUGGAGGACGGUUUAUGAAAAGGCGCAGUAUGAGUGUCGGCAUGUUUUUGAUCCUGCACUUACUUGGACGGCCGAGGAAGAAAAGGCCAUAUGUGUUAUGUUCUUUGCGCUGCAGGUUGAUCGGGGGAAUCUCGUUCAGGCGGUUUCUGAUACUUUUUUGACCGAUCUUGGGUUAACUACUAAUGACUAUAACUACGGCAACAUCGCCUUUCGACUCUCGUUUCUGGUCGCAGAACUCCCUUCGCAGCUUGUGUCGAAAAAGAUCGGACCGGACCGCUGGAUUCCUGUCCAGAUGGUGCUCUGGGGGGGUUUCAUUCCCGACAUCGUCCUUUGGCUGUCGUAUUUCUACACUGCCCGAGAGCUUCCCAUUCGGCUGAGCUUCUUCUGGACAUCACUUUCGGUCACUACAAUCGUAACAUCCCUCCUCGCCUUUGCAGUUUUCCACCUCAGCGGUGUACACGGAAUGGCCGGCUGGCAAUGGCUCUUCCUAAUCGAGGGCGUAAUAACCCUCUCAAUUGGACUCGCAUCAUUCUUCAUGAUGCCAGCCUCCGUCGUCCAAACAAAGACCUGGUUCCGACCGAAGGGCUGGUUCAGCGAUCGCGAAGUCGCGAUAGUAGCGAAUCGAGUUCUGCGUGACGAUCCGUCCAAGGGGGACAUGCACAAUCGACAAGCAAUCACUCCGACAAGACUAUGGAGCGCAAUCAAAGAUUACCACAUGUGGCCCAUUUACCUCAUUGGCGUCGUGGCAUAUAUUCCACAGUCACCGGUCAAUUCGUAUAUCACUCUUACGCUCCGCUCGGUUGGGUUUGAUAAGUUCCAGACUAAUCUUCUUACAAUUCCGGCGAGUGUGUUCCAUAUCAUCAAUCUGCUUAUUAUUACUUGGGUAGCCAGCCGACUCAAUUCCUGGUCGUUGGUCGCGAUGUUCCAGGGUCUCUGGACUCUACCUUGUAUAUUUGCUUUGCGAUUCUGGCCGGAUGUCAUUUCGAAUGCUUGGGGCACGUAUGCCGUGGUUACUGUGCUAUUGAGUUACCCCUACUGUCACGCAAUUGUGGUUGCAUGGGCAUCCCGAAACUCAAACAACGUUGGAAAUCGUUCCGUUUCAGCAGCGCUUUACAAUGUAGGUCUUCGCGUGACGCCUUCCUGGAACUACACAGAUGCUAAUGAAAUACACGAACUACAGAUGGCAGUUCAAGCCGGUGAUGUGGCCGCCUACUUCAUUUACCGCGACGAUGACAAGCCUAAAUAUCGACGAGGAAAUACUUCCCUUAUCGCAAUAAAUAUCCUUGCGAUUGCGCUCUUUCUCGGAGCCAAGGCGUAUUACGUUUAUGAGAACGGACGAAGGGAGAAGAUCUGGAACCGAAUGUCAGAGGAGGAGCGGAAUGAGUAUAUCAAGAACACGGAUGUGCAGGGAAGCAAGAGGUUGGACUUUAGAUUCGCUCAUUGA